GUGAAUGGCGGGUUGCUGUCGGGCGUGCGCGGAUUCCCUCUUCUGCUUCUCGGUGGCUGGAACUUGCCGCUUCAGUAUUGAUGUAGACGUCAGGUAGUUCCGUGCACUGCCUGCUUACUGUCGUCGUCGCCGCCGCCGCCGCCUUUACUAGAACUCAUGAUACCGUGAUAUAUUUUGCUGUACUGUGGUUUCAUCUGUGACGUAUUGAGAAACGAUCCUUGAUAGUUUCUCUUAAAGCCUGUGGGAGCUGUUGUCAGUAAGCCAGGCGCCUGCUGACAGUGAAGGAUAAGGCUCAACUGAGGUCAUGAGAAUGGGAGUCGCAGAGAGCGUGCUGAUUCUCGUCAAAUGGGGGACCUAGUGACCUUGUGCGGUGGUGAAGGUCAUUCCCGCUGGACACCAUGGGGCGCAGGAAGGAAAGCAGGGUCUCCAGGAAAAAGGAACAUCCAGGGAGCGGAGGAACCUAGGGCGUGGGCAGCACAACCGGCGGGCCCGACCUGCCGCCCCCGCCGCCACCUGGUGUUCCUCAAGACGCACAAGUGUGGCUCGUCUACCUUGCAAAGUGUGUUCCUGCGCUAUGCUGCUGCCAAUAAUCUGUCGGUGGCGCUUCCUUACUCCGGAGUGUACUUGGAUGCUGCCGGCAGUGGCCAGUCCUUUAGGGUGAAGGAGCUAAAAGAAUCUCCCUUCGCUCCACCUUCGGGAAAGUACCACCUGCUAGUACACCACACGAGGCUCAAUGUGCGUGCCAUGCAGCAGGUCACAUAUAACGACUCAGUGUGGGUGACGGUGCUCCGCGAGCCCUCAGCUGUCUUUGAGUCCAUGUUCCACUACUAUCAUCUACACAAGUUCUUCGGCGCCACCUUCGAUCACCUCGUCUGGAAGCUGGGCGCCCAUGAUGGAGUGAAAAUGUGGCUCAAGAACGCUAACACCAGGUAUCAGGGACGGCUGGGGAGGAACCAAAUGAGCUUCGAUCUCGGUCUGGACGACCUCGACACCCACAUGGACACAGUACUGCGUGACGCCAUCAAGAUCCUCGACGACACCUUCCACUUAGUGAUGAUAGCAGAGCGGAUGGACGAAUCAUUAGUGUUGCUGAAGCAUCUUCUGUGUUGGGGGGACGAGGACGUGAUGGCCAUGGCACACAACGUAAGGAAGGACCUAUACCGCAGCUACCUCAGCGAGCAGACUGUUGCCACGCUGGAACACUUCAACGCCGCUGACGUCAAGCUGUACUCUUACUUCAAGGAAAAGUUCGACAAGCACGUGGAGGCGUUCGGGCGGGGUCGAAUGGAAGGAGAGGUAGCAAAUCUACGAGCAAAGCGAGACAAGAUGUGGAAGCAGUGUGGUCUGAGAGAAUCACGCUCCUCUUCUUCCAAACACCGUCAAACCUCAGCCAAGGAUCACCACGUCGUUGCUUACCAGAUGCACGUCAACGGCUCCAGCAGCAGGCAAAGGAAAUACUGCCAAGACCUGAUCCGGCCGACCCCUGAGCUCACACAAAUGUUGCGCUGGAAGCAGUACGCCCGCUACCAUCAACGAGGCGCUCGAUCUGCACUUAAUCUCUCGUGGUCUCAGACAUUCAAGAGGAAAAAAAUCAAGAGAAAAACCAGAAAAGGUGUAGCUCUACCGGUCCGUCGCAUUCACCGCAGCGAUAGGCGCACGGCGAAUCGCCACCGUCCACAGUAACCAUGCAGGCACUCCUCGAUGUCUCACACACACACACACACACACACACACACACACACACACACACACACACACACACACACACACACACACACACACACACACAUAAAGAAAGAGAGAGAGAGAGAGAGAGAGAGAGAGAGAGAGAGAGAGAGAGAGAGAGAGAGAGAGAGAGAGAGAGGUAUAUAUUCGUGUUUUAAGCGAUCCCUCUUUAUAUCUGAAAAAAAGGAGGCCUGUCUUCAAGAUAUCAUUAUACUAUGAUACGAAGACUGGAUACCACCAUAUCUUAUGAUACUUGUGUCAAACGGAUUAUAUGUGAUCGUAGCUUUAUUCCCUACAUAAUACAUACUUUGGAGGACCUUAGAGUCCUGCAGCUCUAAUAUCCUAUUUUUCUUCUUUUCUUCUUCUUCUUCUUCUUCCCUUCUUUAAAUAACGUCUGCACGUACAAUAUGUUGCCUGAUUGGGAGUGAAUUUCUCCAGUCGUGUCUCAUUUUUUGAUAUGUCAAAAUACUUUGUUACGGUCACUCCACACCCAUUAUUCAUUUUUCCACAUCACCAAGCCAUAUCUCUCAAUUAAUUACACUUCUUUUGAGAAUAUGUUUAACAAUACACCAGUACAUCAUCCUUCUUAAAGCUGUAUACCAGUGUCGGCUAAUUUCUCGUACCUGCAGAUUAUCCAGCAUUAUCUCUCCUAUUAUCUCAUGUUUUGUCUCCCUCUG